AUGGAUUUGGACGAUUUCCGGUCGAUUAUGGAUAACGCAGGCGUCGACGUUUGGACGUUUAUCGACACCGCGAUUCUCGUGGCGUCGCUUGAUUACGGUCAAGAGCUGAAGCGGCGGAGAGACAACAUCGUGGAGCGUCUGUACGCGACGUCGAUGGCGAACAAGUGUAGAAACUGCGAUUUCGGCGGCGGAGGAAGCGUCGCGGAGGCUGCGGUUGCUAGGGUUAAUGGGAGGAUUCACGAGGAGACGCUGAUGGAGGAGGAGGAGGAAGAAGGAGAAGCAGUAGCAGCAGGGGAAGAAGAAGAGGAAGUGAGAGAGAAAUCUGUUAAUGGUGACGACGAUGACGAUUUCGAUCCGUUUGCUGGUUUGUUUGAUGAUGAGCAGAAGAGUGUUCUCGAAAUCAAGGAGAGACUUGAAGAUCCUGAUCUGUCUGAAGAAACUUUGGUUGAGCUGCUUCAGAAUCUGGAAGACAUGGACAUAACAUUCCAAGCUCUUCAGGAAACUGAUAUUGGGAGGCAUGUGAAUCGAGUUCGGAAGCAUCCGUCGAACAAUGUUCGAAGAUUAGCUAAACAGCUUAUCCGAAAAUGGAAGGAAACAGUAGACGAAUGGGUCAAACUUAACCAGCCUGGUGAUCUCGAUCCUCCGAGUUUGAUAGCCGAUGAGGACUCGCCGCAGCAGAAAGCUCUAAAUAACGGGAAUCGCCAACAGGUUCCUGAUUUCGGAUAUUCACCGGUUCCUCAGAAUGGGUAUUCCGGUUCAAGCAAGAACAAUAGCAUUACGCCAGAGAGGAAACAAAGACCUGUUGCUGCUGCUGCUCCUCCUCCUAGGAGAGAAUCUCCAUCUCCAGCUAAACCUUCUCGUCCUUCUCCUUCUCAACAGAUCAAUCAAAGGGAGAAAGAGCACAAAGAAGUUGAUUUUGACACGGCCCGGAAAAGGCUACAACAAAACUACAGACAAGCCGAGAAUGCGAAAAAGCAAAGGACAAUACAGGUGAUGGACAUUCAUGAGAUCCCAAAACCUAAGAAAGGAGGGUUUUUUCCGAGGAAAGGCGGCGGCGGCAGUUCUCAAGGCGGCGGUAGAUGGUAA